AUGCACAGCCCACCCUUGCUAAACACGCUGAUCGCGUGGUCCUCCGCACACCUGUCACUGAGGGACCACUCCUUUCAGCAAGUGGCGAUUCAGAACCGAUGUGGAGCACUGAGUGGUCUCCGCGGUGCCCUCGAAUCAGACCCCACGAAUAUUGAGGCCAAUCUCGCCAUGUCCUUAGUCCUGUGCUCAUUGGAGAGCAUCAUGUCAGAUAAUGGAGCCGCCUGGUAUCAGCAUCUAGUCGGCGCUGCCGGUGUUAUUUCAGCCAACACAUCCACAGCAGUCCUUAAAGGUUCAUCCACUACGGAGUUACUGAAGCCAUUCGAAGAUGCACAUUCGGGGCGCUGGCUGCUUCGGAACUUUGCCUAUCGGGAUAUUGUCAUGGCCGUCGCGCGCGACCAAGCACCGCUGUUGAGUUCGCAUCAUUUUCUUCGACUCGACGAGCCUAGACUGCCAGACUCGCAUUUUGGUCUUGCAUCGGAGAUCCUCGAAAUAAUUUCGAAAAUAACUGCGCUGAAUGAAGAGAUCAAGAACAUUACCUCGGGAGUACAAAUUGUGGCCGACAACGAUUUCGCAUUCGAUCAUAACACAAACAGUGUUCACGAGGAACUCGAACGAGCUGAAAUCCUGACCAGAUUUUCGUCACUCGAAAGCAGACUGAAUCUUUGGGCAUGUCCCGCAUCCGCAGAUACCUCAUUAAGAUUAUUAGCGGAGACUUAUCGAAGCUCGGCACUCUUACACCUCUACCGCUCGCAACGAAGAGCAUUCCCACUCCAAGCAGUAGGUCUUUCAUCAAAAGCAACAGCCCAAGCUGCGGCCAUUGUCGAGAGUAUCGAGCAAAUGCCAACUCGAAGUUUACCCGAAUGCACUUUGCUCUUCCCGAUAUUCCUCGCGGGAGGGGAGGCAACGGACGAAUCACAUAUCAAGAUCAUUCGGGAUAGGAUGCUCGACAUGAUUGAGUCGCGCGGAUUUAGAAAUGUGCAAGUAGCGUUAUCAGUCUUGGAGAAGCUUUGGCGCUUAAGAAUUGCGCGGAAAUCAUCUAGCUCGUCCGUGAGUGUUGAUUGGCUUGAUAUUGUACAACAAGAUGGGAUUGAACUGUCUUUAUCGUGA